CUCAAACUCCCUUCGUCUGGCUACCCACCCUGGCCAUACUUCUGAAUAGAACACUCAAAACGGUCCUCAUUACAUUCCGCAUUUGCUUCCUGCUCGCUAGCCCCGGUUGUAACGAAGCCUCAAAAUGAAGUUCUAUAACACGGCCAUUGCCUUCCUCAGCGCCCUGGCCUCCGUUGUGGCUCAGGGCAUGGACAGUCUCCCACCAUGUGCUCGAGAAUGUGCGACUGGUGCUAUUCCCAAGACCUGCCAACUCAUUGAUGUCGGCUGUAUCUGCGGCACCAAGUCUUUCAUCAGUGACAUGUCCUGCUGCGUUGCGAAGUCCUGCUCGCCUGAGGAUGAGAAAGCUGCGCUCGCCUUUGCAGUGCAGCUAUGCAGCGGUGCUGGCGUGACCGGUCUACCUAGCAGUGCUAGUUGUGCCAACUCAAUCACCUCCACCAACGCCACCAGCGCCUCUGUCACCUCUUUUACGGCCACUGCCCCGGGAAAAAGCACUGCCUCUGCCACUACCACCCUCACAGGCACAAACACCCAGUCUGCGUCUGGAAAUAUUCAGGCAACGACCGCAACCAAGACGAGUGUUGGGAGCAGCUCCACUGCCACGGGUGCCGGGGUCUCGCUCCUGCCAGGCGCUGACACCAGUCUCUUCGCGGUCAUGGGUGUGGCUCUUUUGGCAUUCCUCGCCUAGGGCCAGAGUGCGUACAUUGACAAACUGGGGAUCAAGACAGGCUUGACGAGAUGAUAUUUUCGCGGUUUCCCCCCGCAAUUCGCAGUGGGACAUCUUUAGUUUUAGGGUUCAGUUCUCACCUUAUGUCGCAAGGCCUCCUGAGAACUUAGUC